CUGCACAGAGAAUAAUCACAAUAAAAUACCUGUAAAUAGUUGUUAAAGCAGUUUGUGUGAAAUGUCUUAGCAAAAAGUAGGAGCAGCAUAAAAUUGAAGACCGUUUCAGUUGCAGCAUUUUGCAAGCGUGAUCCUGUAUUACCGAUUCUGGGGUUUUCGUGCCUACUACACAACACAUACCUUUUUUUAUUGCCAAAGGAGGGCAACAUAGUUGGGACGGCCGUUUCACUGCGUGAAACAUGAAGAUGGCUGACGGCUCGACGAUAUUGCGUAGAAACCGACCCGGUACAAAAUCAAAGGACUUUUGUCGCUGGCCAGAUGAACCGUUAGAGGAAAUGGACAGCACAUUGGCUGUGCAGCAAUUCAUUCAGCAACUCAUCAAGCGCGAUCCUUCGAAUGUCGAGCUUAUACUGACCAUGCCCGAGGCGCAGGAUGAGGGCGUCUGGAAGUACGAACAUCUUAGGCAAUUCUGCAUGGAAUUGAAUGGUCUGGCUGUGCGUUUGCAAAAGCAAUGCUCACCCUCGACGUGCACGCAAAUGACGGCAACUGACCAAUGGAUAUUCUUGUGUGCGGCUCACAAAACGCCAAAAGAGUGUCCUGCCAUUGACUACACGCGCCACACUUUGGACGGUGCUGCUUGUCUGCUCAAUAGCAACAAAUACUUUCCCAGCAGAGUCUCCAUCAAGGAUUCAUCAGUGACCAAACUAGGCUCUGUAUGUCGGCGCGUUUAUCGUAUAUUCUCACACGCGUAUUUUCAUCAUCGUCGCAUUUUCGACGAGUUCGAGGCUGAAACGUAUUUAUGCCACCGAUUUACGCAUUUUGUCACAAAGUAUAAUCUGAUGUCGAAAGAGAACUUAAUUGUGCCCAUCAAUGAGGAGGAGAACGCUACACCCGGGGAGAGCGAAGCUUAAGUUGUUACAGCCCUUAGAAAGCAUGGAAAAACACUCGUACACACACACUCUAGCGUAGUUGCGCUCAUUAAACAAAUAUGUAUUUAUAUUUACUAAUAGCAUGCACUAGAAUAAAACCGACAAUUGGGCAGCAGUAACAACAUUGUGAAGGCAGAAAGUCAAAUGUAACUCUUGUAGUUUAAAGGACAAAUAUUCAAAAGUAUGAUAUAUGAUAACUAAGAAGAGAAAAUUAUUACACCGGCCCCUUCCCUUCCCAUUUAAGUCAACAUUUAUUCCGUAAAGUUAUAUGACUAUGAUUAUUUGUAACUUUUAAUUUAAAAUAAAUUAUACGUAAACAAAUUUUAUUUCUCACGCUGAA